UUCAGUCCAUGAUAGCGGAAGUUCUGACCUCGGACCGGAGGCGGAGCAAGUUCCAGACGCUCGCUCGAGUUUGUGUUGUUUUAUGUAAGACGACAGCAGACGCGCCGCAGAGAGACUCCGAGAUGCGGAGAAAGCAGAAGAGACUGCUGCAGAUCGCGCUGCUGCUGCUGCUGGCCGUGCUGUUGCUGCCGAGCGUCGGCUUGUGGUCGGUGUCUCUGGAGCGAAUGCUGGACAGCUCUGCGGACGCCGCCGGACUCUCGCACGCACAGAGAAUGAACAAAGUGCAGAACGAUGGCGUUCGGAAAAAGGACUGGCAUGACCAUGCAUUUAUUAAGAGUGAAGCAGCACGUUCAGGUGUCGGCGAGCAGGGCAGGCCGUACCCACUGACCGACUCGGACCGCGUGGACCAGGCCUACAGGGAGAACGGAUUCAACAUAUUCGUCAGCAAUCGCAUCGCCCUCAACAGAUCCCUGCCUGACAUCAGACACCCGAACUGUAAGACAAAGCUGUACACAGAAGAUCUUCCCAACACCAGCAUCAUCAUCCCCUUCCAUAACGAGGGCUGGUCGUCUCUGCUGCGCACGGUUCACAGCAUCCUCAGCCGCUCGCCGCCGCAGCUCAUCGCCGAGAUCAUCCUCGUGGAUGACUUCAGCGACAAAGAGCAUCUGAAGGCUCCUCUGGAGGAGUACAUGGUGCAGCUGCCGAAGGUUCGAAUCCUGCGCACUAAGAAGCGUGAGGGUCUGAUCCGGACCAGACUGCUGGGCGCCGCGGCUGCGAAGGGUCAGGUCAUCACGUUCCUGGACUCACACUGCGAGGCCAACGUCAACUGGCUGCCGCCGUUACUGGAUCGCAUCGCGGGUAACAGGAAGACGAUAGUGUGUCCGAUGAUCGAUGUGAUCGACCACGAUAACUUCGGCUACGAGACGCAGGCCGGCGAUGCGAUGCGAGGGGCUUUCGACUGGGAGAUGUACUACAGUGAGAGUGUGUGAGAGUGAGAGUGUGUGAGAGUGAGAGUGUCAGAUCUGUUUGUGUCUCCGGUGAUGGCAGGCGGUCUCUUCGCUGUGGACAGGAAGUGGUUCUGGGAGCUGGGAGGAUAUGACACGGGUCUGGAGAUCUGGGGAGGAGAGCAGUACGAGAUCUCCUUCAAGGUGUGGAUGUGUGGCGGCCGUAUGGAGGACAUUCCCUGCUCACGUGUGGGUCACAUCUACAGAAAAUACGUUCCCUAUAAAGUGCCGGGUGGAGUGAGUCUCGCCAGGAAUCUGAAGCGUGUGGCUGAGGUGUGGAUGGACGAGUAUGCGGAGUUUAUCUACCAGCGGCGGCCGGAGUACCGGCACCUGUCCGCCGGAGACGUGUCCGCGCAGAAGCAGCUGAGGAGCCGGCUGAGCUGCAGGAGCUUCCGCUGGUUCAUGACGGAGGUGGCCUGGGAUCUGGCCAAACACUAUCCUCCGGUGGAGCCUCCGGCCGCUGCGUGGGGAGAGCUGCGUCACGGUGCCUCCGGUCUCUGCAUGGAGAGCAAACACUUCUCCUCGGGCUCCCCGAUCCGUCUGGAGAAGUGUCUGAAGGGACGAGGCGAGCCGACCUGGAGUCACGGUCAGGUCUUUACAUUCGGCUGGAGAGAAGACAUACGGGUGGGAGACCCGCUGCACACUAAGAAGGUCUGCUUCGACGCCGUGUCACACAACAGCCCCGUGACGCUCUACGACUGCCACGGGAUGAAGGGGAACCAGCUGUGGGCCUACAGGAAGGAUAAGAGCCUCUAUCACCCCAUCAGUAACAGCUGUGUUGACUCUGAUGCUGCACAGAAGCGGAUCUUCAUGAACUCCUGCGAUCCCUCGACUCUCAGCCAGCGGUGGCUCUUCCAGAACACCAACGCCACGGUCUUAGACUCCUUCAACAGCAAUCACAACGAGUAAUGCUGCCAAUAUGAACAUGAGAAUCCACCGGGCAGCUGAUGCCGGCGAGAGCUUCGUGAUCACGAUGUGCCGCUGCUCUCCGAAGAGAGACGUUCCUGUGCCUUUACUGAACCAAUGAAACUCUGUUCUGAUCGUCUGACUCCAAACCUCUGUAAAAGCUGAAGCUCUGUGCUUCUCUCCACACUCCCAUCAUCAUCUUCAUCACUUCUGCUGACUUUCACCCCGUUGACCUGAAAAUGAUCAGUAAGAGUGUUUGCAGGGCAGCGUUUGACUGAUGCUCUUCGUCUGCUUCGGUGCGUCUGAGGAACGUCUCAAAGACAGUGAUGUCGUCACUCAUUUGCAUACUGAGUGAUUGGAUUGUGCAUCUGUUCAGUCAUCAUCCUCCCGUCUCUGAUUCUUGUGUGCGGUUAACAGACGAGUCUUUACACAGAGUCAGAGCCUCAGACUGUCGGCUGCCUUGCAAACACGUCACAGUUUGUCCUUCAGAAAUGCGAAUCUGAUGCUGUCCUUUGUAAAGAUUGAGAGGUUUAUUUAUUUGACUGUUCUGAGUCAGUCCCCAGAAACACUGGGCUCAUCGUGAACGAUGAAACACCGACAGCAGCCUUUACUGAGCACUGUGUUUAAAACUUGAUUUUAUUAUCCAGCUUCUCUUUGUUGUGUUAACAAAUAUAGUUAUGUUUUUUUAAUUUUAGAGGACAUAAUGUUUUAUUACAAAGGCUUCAAGGCGGUUACGUGUCGACCCUGUUAGCUCAAAGCAUUCAGAAGCGGUUAUAUUUUGUCAGGUUUGUCCAUCGGGGAAAUCUCAAAUAGUCAGUCCUGUUUCCAUGAUUUUGUACCGUAAACAACAAUGCAGUUAAGAAUCACUCCUGCACAGCAGAAGACCGUGGAACGACCGGACUGUAUUUUACUAGAUUAUUUGGUCAGCUGCAUUUUCUGCUGUUUGUUUCUCCCCCGUCUGUCUCUGAUAUAACCAGCUGAGAUCCACUGGUUCUCAGUAACUGCUGGCACCCAAAGACGGAUCCUGCAUGAUGCUGUUUCUAAUGCACAUGAGCAACACAGUGUGAAACUUGAAUCCAGUCGACGUGCCUUGCUGAAAGAUGCUGGUGUGACGCACAGCACACUAGUCUAGUUCUCUACAUUCAAUGUUGUUGAGCGUUUGACCCGUUUUUACCAUUAAAUAUUUUUACAGAUUAUCUGCCAAGCACUUUCAAAUGUUUCUUUGAUCCGAAGCCGUUUUAAAGUUGAUCUGUCCAGCACUUUCAGACAUUUCUUUGUCCAGAGCCUGUUUUUGAGUAUUAACGAGUUUGUAAUUUCUGUCGAUUCUAAAGAGAGCCCUGGGUUUCAUAAUGAAUUAUUGCUAUUGUGUCUGGUGGACCAGUGUGUCAGAUGCACAUGUGAAUAAUUAUAGAGUUUAAUACUGGACUCGCUUUUGAACUGAAAUGUUUAAGAACCAGCUGUUGGUUUGUUAUUGUGUAAAACUCCUGCCUUGAUGAGUUUCCAGAGUUGUGUGUGGAAUAUGAUGAUAUGGUAAUAAGUCUUGGGUUGAAUCUUGGGAACAGUAGUAAUUUUACACAGGUUUGUCACUGAUGCAUUAAAACGGUUCUGCCACCAUUUAAACGGCUCAUAAAUUAUUAUUAUUCAUGCACAGAUAACUGUGUAGUGGGUUCAGUUCUGUUAUUUUUCUCUUCAUUUGUAUCAAUAAUGUUUUGUCAUUUCAAGUCUGAAUUAUUGCAAAAUUAUGCCGUCAUAGAAAAGCCAUUAAAUCUUUUUCUCCUUU